AUGGCCGAAGAUCUGUGGAAGUCAUUGCAAAGCCAAGAUCGACUCAUCAAGAUCACGAUUGGCGACGAUGGUGAUCCGCCGAUCUACAUCCAGCAGAAGGUCCUCGAAGCAGUCGCGCCGUGGUUCAAGAAUGCCCUGAAGCACAACACGUUCGUGGAGGGACAGACUGGUUCGCUGAGCUUUGCAGAAGACGACGUGGAAGCCUGGAAGGUGCUCGUCUGCUGGAUCAUAAGACACGACUUCAGCAUAGCCACAGAAUGCGCAAUGGAAGAGCCUUUCGAAUUAAUGUACGACAUCAAACGAUUCCAAGACGAAGCUAUGGCAGAUUUACUUGCGCAGUUCCAGGAGUCCGAAUUAUCAAAUGCCUCAGACGAGGCCUUGAACCGGAUUUUCAAGAUUUGCCCACCAGGGUCGAAACUGGCAGAGUUAGUCGCACUAGAGGUCGUGCGCGACUUUGAAGAUGGUAGCAUGGACUGGGACAGAGCGCGAAAUUUGGAGCUUGUCAACAUUUGGUCCGACUUCUGCACCGCGAAAUCGAGAGGGGGGGGCCGACCACGAUAUGGUAAUGCUCGGCUUCAAGGCUCCUGUGCUCGCAUAUGA